AUGUCCCCUACUGCUACUCCCCUAACGACCACCGCUAUGCAAGGCCAAUCCCGUCGGAGGCGUACUACCGCGACAGGUAGUUCAGGUGCUGGUAGACGCACUCUGGCCAUCGUGGAGAAGGAACUAGACGAAGAAAAAAAGAAGAACGCGGACUUACAGGCUGAGAACACAACCCUCAAAGCCGCAGUGGCCAAGGCCCAAGCGGACAAGGAGACGAGCGAUGGCAAAGACACCAUACCUGAGCCGGAGGACAAGAAGACUCCCCUUUUUGUUCGGAUGGGCUUCAAGGAGACUCCUGAGGAUGAGCAAUUAUACGGGGCUAUAGCCCGCACCGUCCACGAGAGAUCCUUCGGUGUGGUGGACUUCAACUACACCUAUCGUCAACAAUCGACUGAGAGAUUGAUGAAGAUCUUCAAAGCCGUCAAGCAAGCCCACCCUAUACUCGUUCGCUACCAGAACAACUGGCCUACUGCCGCUCUCCUCAGGCAGUUCAUCAACAACCGCCGCAAGUACCUCAGGUCGAUCGGGGCGCUCGGCGCCAACACUCCCGCCAUGGCCCCUCAGCCAGCUGCACCUGCUGCGCCUGCACCUACUCCCGUUGCCGCAACCGGUGGUGUAGCAGUGCCGAACAUUGGUGACGUCGAGCAACAAGAGGGUGGUGGUGAAGAGCAGAACGAUGAUUGA